GCACCUGUCGCUUUAAGGUUGUCAUGGGUUACAUCCUCCAUGUCAAAUCGAGGCGCAUUGACGUCAAUGGUGGUUUGUGAUUGGUCUUUACCCGUUUCCGGUAGGGCAACCAUCCAAAGAUUGAGGAGAAAAGAACCAACAAUUUGUGUUUCUCCUGUCCAGAAAGUACAAUUGGAGACUAAUAAAGAAGAUUUCGAGGCUAUAGCCGUAGAGGUCAGGGGUCACCGUCCGAGGUCAUAGGUCAUCAUGGCGUCCGGCAGCGCGAGCAGCGAGGAGGAGAAGAGCCUGCGGGAGUGCGAGCUCUACGUGCAGCGGCACAACAUCCAGCAGCUGCUGAAGGACUGCAUUGUCCAGCUGUGCACCUCCCGUCCCGAGAGGCCCAUGGCAUUCCUCAGGGAACACUUCGAGAAACUGGAGAAGGAGGAGGCUAAGCAGAUCCUGAAUGCUCAGAAGGCGAGUUCUCGCUCAGACUCACGGGAAGACGAGGUGUCGCCGCCCAUGAACCCCGUGGUGAAGGGCCGGCGACGACGCGGGGCCAUUAGUGCUGAGGUCUACACGGAGGAGGACGCCGCCUCAUACGUCCGCAAGGUCAUUCCUAAAGAUUACAAGACAAUGGCAGCCCUGGCCAAAGCCAUAGAGAAGAAUGUCCUCUUCUCCCACCUCGAUGACAAUGAGAGAAGUGAUAUCUUUGAUGCCAUGUUUCCAGUCACGUAUAUUGCUGGGGAGAUCGUCAUUCAGCAGGGUGACGAGGGAGAUAAUUUCUACGUCAUUGAUCAGGGGGAGAUGGAUGUCUAUGUAAAUGGUGAGUGGGCCACGAACAUCGGGGAGGGCGGCAGCUUCGGCGAGCUGGCCCUGAUCUACGGCACCCCUCGAGCGGCCACCGUCAGAGCCAGGAGCAACGUCAAGCUGUGGGGCAUCGACAGGGACAGCUACCGGAGAAUACUUAUGGGGAGCACUUUGAGGAAGAGGAAAAUGUAUGACGAGUUCCUUAGCAAAGUUUCCAUUUUAGAGUCUCUGGAUAAGUGGGAGCGCCUCACGGUAGCCGACUCGCUGGAGCCUGUGCAGUUUGAAGACAGCCAGAAGAUCGUAAUGCAGGGACAACCAGGGGACGAGUUCUUCAUCAUCCUGGAGGGUAGCGCGGCCGUACUGCAACGACGGUCAGAGAACGAGGAGUUUGUGGAGGUUGGACGGUUAGGACCUUCUGAUUAUUUCGGUGAGAUUGCGUUGCUGAUGAACCGCCCGCGGGCUGCUACGGUGGUGGCACGGGGUCCUCUGAAGUGCGUGAAGCUGGACCGGCCGCGUUUCGAGCGCGUGCUGGGCCCCUGCUCAGACAUCCUGAAGAGGAACAUACAGCAGUACAACAGCUUCGUCUCAUUGUCUGUCUAAGGAAGGAGCUCAGCUCACACGUUGGUCACAAAAAAAAACCCACCCCCAACCCCAGACCCCUUGUACAGGGACCUCCACCUCACCUCAUCUCCAUCUCCCCCAGACCACACAGUCACUCACAGUCAGUCUAAGGACAAGCUCACACGUUGGUCACAAAAAACCCACCCGUCCCCAAACCUGACCCCAGACACCUUUUACAGGACUUCCACCUCAUCCCCCCCCAGACCACACAGUCACCCAUUGGCUCUUUCUCAAUGCCCAGUGUUCUAGCCUUGCUAGGACGUGAAAUGCCCAGUGAUUGGAUACUCCGCGGCGUUUACCAAAGAGUAGCCAAUCACUGGGCAUUUCACUUCCUAGCAAGGCAAGAACACUGUGUGCAUUGAGAAGUAGCCAUUGUCUGUCUAAGGAGGAGCUCACACGUUGGGUCACAAACAAACCCGCCCAUCCCCAAACCUGACCCCCAGAGCCCCUUACAGUACCUCCUACACCGCCUCAUGUCUCCAACCUCACCCUCAUACUCCACCUUUUCCUCCUCUAUCCCUGACACCAGACACCACACCACGUGGGGCGGUCUACCAGUUGGUCCAUACCAUACGCUCUUUGCAUUCUCCAUGCUCUUCAGGCUUUUUAAAAAAGAAAUUGUUUUUUUGUUUGUUUGUUUGUUUGUUUGUGGAUUAUACGGUCGGUUGACUGGUUGGAUGUUUUAUAGUGUGGUGUGGUACACGCCUCUUCAUGUGUCAGCAGUUUGGGCAGCCUUCUUGGUUUAUUUGUGUACCUGUUGAGUUGGGGGGCCUAUGCUGACAAAGCUGGUUCAGGAGUAAACCAGGUUAAGUUAAGAGGUAACAAAAUGAGGACUCCCAAGCUCUUCUAUCAGAUUACCUCUUAAAUUAACCAGGGGUGCAUUUCUCAAAAGCGUAGUUGUUAGCAGUUAGCAACUUCAGUAGUUACCAAUGGGAAAUUGCAUUGCAAACAACAAAGUAGCUAAUGUAAUUAGCAACUACGCUUUUGAGAAAUGCACUACUGGUUUACUCCUGAACCAGGUUUGUAGUAUAAGGCCCUUGGUGACGGGGACGUGUGAUGAGAUGAUGGUGAAGUAGUUAUUCUGGCAGAGGCUUGUGGAGGGGUAGACAAUCAGAUCCAAAUGUUCUCACUUCAGUGUUUCACAUAUAGUUGUUUAAAUGUGUACUUUUUCCGUUUUGUGCUUUUUCCUGAUUUACCUGUUUUGAAAAUGAAGGAUAACUUGAAGAAAACCAAAAGAGAGUGUAUUUAAAGAAAAAGAACAAUCUAAAACAAAACAAAAAAUCUGACAUUUCCACCACAUUGACAAACUUGAGUUGUUACAGUACUGAGUUGCAUCGUGGUUGUUUCCAUGGCGUCUUGUCACUUUGUUAAUUCCUGAAAGAAAACGACUUUCAGAGCUUGCAGCCAGCCUUAAUGUAAACAUGAAUCUUUUCCUUCCGUUCCUGUUUGAAGUCGGCAUGUCUGUGUGUGGACGGACCAGCGUGUUGUCUACACAUAGAGUAGAUAGUCUGAAAUAUCCCAUCUGGGUCUAAACUGACUCUCCUUAGAUGAAUGUAGUUUCCUCUAUCCUCCACACAGUGUCACCACUGAGCUCCAUACAGCUACAUUCAUCUGGCGAGAGUCAGGUUCUUCAGGUUGGUACUGUAACUGUUCUGGCAUAUUUCAGUUUCCCACAGACAAAACAUAAUUUGCACCGUACAUUUGUCCCGUGACUUGAGUCCCUCUGGACUUUUGUAGAAUGCUAGUAUCUAACUUUGUUCCAGAUAAUAUUUCUCAGAAGGUGACACCACCACCAAGGUGUGUUGGGUGCUGCUUUGGGAAAUGUGUUGUUGGCGCUUCGGUCAUUGGACCUCCUUCUCCCCGAUGGUGUGGGAGGAUGUUGCAUCUUUUCACUGGCCAGUUUGUCACGAUCACACUGUAUUCUCUAAUGUUGUAUUCUUAAGGGUUGAUUUUCUUGCGUAUUGUUUGGGGGUUUUAAUUCAGAGAAGAAUAUUGAUUUAAUUUUUAAAGCGUCUCUUGAGUGACCGGUUAGUGUCAUUUGGCUUUAAGCACUGUUCCAUUAUCUGAGAAAAUGAACCUAAGUUAAUACUUUUUUUUUUCUUUUUUUUUUUUUAAAGGUGCCAAACAUUUUAUUUUCUGUGGAUGGUACAACUUAUGCUGUUGUAAUUUACUAGGGGGAAAAACCUAGCCAGCUGGAAUGGAACAAGUAAAUAUUUCUGACUCAAUCUGGCUUUGACUUAGGAAAGCCAUUUGAGACCAUGUUGUUAUUAUCAGUAUUGAAAAUCCUGUCAGUAUAUCUGCCACAUGCUGCACAUUUCAAAAACAUUUGACGCCACCAUUUUAACAUUGCAUUUCAUAGAAAAACAUGUUGAUUUAUUUACAAAGCACCCAUACAGAGACGACUUAUUGAGCCGCGCCAGUGCCAUAAAAGCUGUUGUGAGGAGCCUGAUCUGACGUGCGUUUCUCGAAUGCGUAGUUGUUAGCCAGUUUGCAACUUGGGUAGUUGCCAAUGGGAACUUGCAUUGAAAACACUGAAGUAGCUAACGCAGUUAGCAACUAUGGUUUCUAGAAAUGCACCCCUGUCCCAAAAAAACUAGAAACACACAAAUAACAGCAUGUUCAGCCACUGACCCCAAGCUGAGGCUACUUAGGCCACAACCUACACACACACACACAGAAACGCGUACACACGCGCGCACACACAGAUCUGACAUGGCCUCCAUUAGGAAGCAAAACUGUAUUAUAGAGGUUUGAAGGAUGAUGUUUUGGAUCAUCCCUAUGACAACAAAAUGUAGCUGUUUAUUUAGUUUGUUUAUUUAUUUUUUUUCAUGUCACUCAAAUAUAUUUUUAAAUUGGUAUCCCCAGAGGUUAUGGGAAGUUAUUAAUCUGGUUAUUGGCAUAGGAACUGCAAAGAGAGCCACACCCAGUUGGGCAAACAGGGAUUAUUGUGUUAUGGCAGAAGAAAGGGAGAAAACGUCUAUAAAUAAAUCUUAUCAUAAAUCUCACAGCUGUAGUGCUGUGGAGUCACAGAGCCAUGGCGUUGCCGUUUUUUGUUUUAGGUUAAUUCGUCAUGUUUGAGGUGGCUCCGGUUAUUAUUGUUGUUUGGGUUUUUUUUUUCCUUUUUCUUUUUUUUUCUUUGCUGUUGUUUUCGUGUUUUGAAUUUGAACUUUAACCUUUUGUACCAUUGUGACUGUAAGGUAAUAUUUGCUGUCCAUUCCAUCUCCAUUUGCUGUGCUGCCACCCCACCCCCAUCCCACCUCAUGUCAACAUGAAAAUGAUGCUCCUACAACAAAAGGAACAAGGACCCACUUUCACUGCUGACGUGUUUGCUUUUUUUCUCUUUUUUGUUUUCUUUCAUGUGCUAGGAAGGAAUGUUUGUGUUUGAAAUGGAUACGAGUGUGUGUGUGUGUGUGUGUGUGUCUGCGCGUCUGUCUCUGUCUGUGUGAGUGCGUGCGUGUGCGUGUGUGUGUGUGUGUGUGUACGCUACCAAACAAGAUAAGCAUAGUUUGCCUUAGCUUCUGUUAGCAUGGGAGGCCGCUCUCCCUCCUGUCCUGUCCUGUCCUGUCCCGUCCAUCCCUGUAUAGGGCGUCACAUGACUUACUCUGACCUGGGGCCUAUACUAAGAAGCUGUGUCAGGAGGUAAAUCACCUAAUAGAAGAGCCUGGAGGCCUCAUGUUCUAAAGAAAACGAGGACUCUAGGCUCUUCUAUUAGAUGAUUUGCCACUUAACUUGACCUGGUUUAAUCCUGAACCAGCUUCUUGGUAUACCACUCUGCUCUGACCUGACCUCCCAUGCGUUGGUCAACCGAGGACCAUCAUUAUUAUUAUUAUUAUAUAUUUUUUCUUUUUAAAAUUCUCUUUUACCCAAUUGUCUGUACAUUUAUGUUCUUACUGUAUGUAUGUGUGCUCGGAAUAUAUCCCUUUUUGGUAUAGAUUGUCCUAAUGGCAGUUUAAGCAAUAAAAAAUGUUGUAUUAUUGA